CCUAUAAAUACCUAGAUAGAUGUUUGGGUGUUUCAUCAAUAUAAACUACAGAAAUUACAAAGCACUUAAAUUUGUAUAGAGCAAAAGAUGUCCCUUCCAGCUUCAGCAGUUGUUUCAACCCAAAAUGCAGUAUCUGAUAUCAGACGACCUUGCGCGAGUUUUCCUCCCAACAUAUGGGGAGAUACUUUCCUUCAAUAUGCUUCUGAGUUUAUGGAAGUCAGUGACAAUGUGAAGCAGCAAGCUCAAAUGUUAAAGGAAGAUGUGAGAAUGAUGUUUCAAGCAUCCGUAAAUCAAAAUAUCAUCGACAAGUUAAACUUAAUUGACUUAAUCCAACGUUUCGGUGUAUCCUACCAAUUUCAACAAGAAAUUAACCAAGCACUGAAACAAAUUAACGACAGUUUCAAUGAAGAUGAAAAUCAUCACUCUCUUGCUCUACUUUUUCGGUUGCUUAGACAACAAGGAUAUCAAAUUUCAUCAAGCAUAUUUAACAAAUUAAAAAAUGACCAAGGAAACUUUGAUGAAACACUUGUCAAUGAUAUUCAAGGAUUGUGUAACUUGUAUGAAGCUACACAUCUAAGAACUCACGAAGAUGAUAUACUAGAAGAAGCGUAUGACUUCUCCAAGACUCAUCUGGAGUCCUUGGCCAACCGAGUGAGUCCAUCUCUUGCUAUCCAAAUCGAUCAUUGCUUAAGGAGACCUCUUAAUAAGAGUGUACUUAGGUUUGAGGCAAGGUAUCACAUGACUAUAUAUGAACAAGAUCCUUUUCAUGAUGAAACUCUACUAACCUUUGCAAAAGUCGAUUUCAAUAUUCUUCAAAAAAUACAUCAAAAAGAAAUUGGCAAUAUCAACAAGUGGUGGAGAAAAUCAAACUUUGCAAUAAAGGUUCCUUACGCUAGAGAUAGAUUGGUUGAAGCCUAUCUUUGGUCAUUAGCUACAUCAUCCAACAAACUUGAAUACAGUUAUAUAAGAAUGUUUAUGGGAAAAUUGACUGCUGUUGUUGCUCUUCUAGAUGAUACUUAUGAUGAUUAUGGCACUAUUCAAGAACUUGAACUCUUCACAAAAGCAAUUGAAAGAUGGGAUAUUAAUCCCUUUGGAUGUCUUCCACAAUGCAUGAGAGUAGUGUUUGAUACGGUUGUAGAAUUUUGUGAAGAAAUAAAGUUGAAGACAACUAAGACUGGAAAAUCAAGUUUUGUGAUGCCACAUUUUAAACAAGCGAUUUAUAACUUAAUUAAAGGCUACAUGGUUGAAGCCAAAUGGUGUCAUGAGAGUUACGUUCCAACAUAUGAUGAGUAUAAAGUUAAUGGAGUUUUAAGUUCUACUAUCCCCUUUUUCAUAACAUCCUUUAUUUGCAUUGGAGAAUUUGCAACAGAAAAUGUGUUGGAUUGGGCUUCUCGUGGUCCAAAUAUCAUUGAAGCUGCAUCAAUUAUUGGCAGAGUAGUGGAUGACAUGGCCUCACAUAAGUUUGAGCAACAAAGAGUACAUGUUGCCUCAGCUGUUGAAUGUUGCAUGAAGCAAUAUGACAUUUCACAAGCAGACGCCUAUAAACUUAUUCACAAGGAUGUUGAAGAUUGUUGGAAGGUUAUAAAUAAAGAGUAUCUCAAUUUAAAUGAUAUCCCAGAACCGGUGCUUGAUUUUAUUCUUAAUUUGACCCGAAUGUGUGAGGUUUCAUAUGAAAACCACCAAGAUAGGUUCACAAAUGGGGAAUUGCUGAAAGAAUACGUCUCUUCACUGCUUGUGGAUCCUAUGUGCAUCAAUCAACACCGCUAGGAGAAGCCAUAUAUUUCACAUAUUAUAAAUGUGUUAUGAUCUUUGUGCUUUAAGAGUAAAAACGUUAACAUGUGGUCCCCUUCAAAAAUCUAGAUAUAUAGAUGUUUCGGUGUUUCAUCAAUAAACUACGCAAUAUUUUUCAUAAAAAGUACUUUGUAUAACCCAAAAAUGUCUUCCAGCUGUAACAUUAAUUUGUUUCAACCCAACAUGCAGUACGUUAUCCCAUCUUUUAAUUUGUUAAUGUAUGAGGCACACCCUUUUAGUUCCCA